UUGUCUUUCAUCACGGAACAAGUCGCGGAACACACCAACGGCACGAUCGGAGCGCUGCUCAACGCAACCUUCGGCAACGCCCCCGAAUUGCUCAUUUCGGUAGCCGCCUUGCGAGCCGGUUUCUACCGUGUUGUCCAGCUCGCCAUGCUCGGAUCCAUGCUCACCAAUAUGCUCCUCGUCUUUGGAGUAUCGUGUUGGAUUGGCGGUUGUCGGUAUCAAGUGCAGGAGCUCCGGACCACCUCCGGAUCGGUCAGUGUCACCAUGUUGCUCGUGGCUACAGCAGGUUCCCUCUUUCCUGCCGCACUCCGUCUUUCCGGACAGAUGCCCACAGACAACAUACACGCCAACGUACCGACCAUGGAAGAAGUCACCUUUUGUCGGGUGAACGCCGUCGUCAUGCUCAUUCUGUACGUUGCCUAUUUGGUCUUCCAACUCGGUACACAUAAGGAAGACAACGAUGAAUCUCACGCUCACGUGCACUCGUUUAGUGAACACGACGUUCACUCUGGUGGUCCACUGAUAUCCAUGCGGGUUGGUGUCAUUUGGCUCUUUGUCAUUACACUUUGUAUAUCGGCCAUGAGUGAUAUUCUCAUCGAGACCAUUGACAGCUUUUCGCAACGUAUGCACCUAAGUCAAGUUUUUACUUCCAUGGUCAUUAUCCCCUUUUUCUCCAACGUGGCCGAGCAGGUCAGUGCUUUUUUGUUUGCGUAUCGCAACGAAAUGGAUCUGUGCGUUGGUGUUACAGUCGGCAGUGCCGUCCAGAUCGCCACCUUUGUAUUGCCCGGUUCCGUCCUCAUCGGGGCCGUCAUGGACCGGUCCAUGACACUGUACUUUCACGGUUACGAGACCACCUGCUUGUUCUUUGGGACCAUUGUCACGGUAGCUGUCCUUCAAGGAGGGACAUCUAAUUGGUUAACGGGGGCCAUGAUGGUUGGGAUUUAUGUCAUGAUGGCUACCGGCGUUUAUUUUCAC